CUAGCAUUCAGCCGCAUCAGAAACGUCUGGACAGUAGCCAAAUGAGGCGGUAUGUGACUGCUGGCGCCUCUCUUUGCCGUGCAGUAUCGACAAGAAGGAUGGCGAGCAGCUCCACCACCCCGGUGGAGGACACGAUCCGGAGAAAGGUAACAGAGGCCUUGAACCCCACAAGCCUCACGAUUCGGAACGACUCGCAUCUCCAUUCCCACCACAAGGCCAUGGCAGGCUCGACUUCGAAGGAGACGCAUUUCUUUCUCGACAUCACAUCGCCGUCAUUCCAAUCGAAACCGCAGCCGGCGCGGCACCGGAUGAUCUACGCGCUGCUGAAAGAGGAGCUCGACCGGCCAGGCGGGAUCCACGCGCUGCAACUCCGGACCAAGACGCCGGAGGAGGUGGAGAGGGAGCUCGCGAGGCAGAAGGCCGCUCAAGGCGCGGCGGCGUGAGUGCCGACUCAGGGCGGAUAAAACUGGCAAGACGACAAAAAUACCGGGGGUGUUUUUGGUUAUUGCACCGUGGCUUGUUCUAUCAGGAAUCAGGGGGUUCAUUCGAACCACUUGCUCGCUUCCGCUGUUGACAACACCCGUCGGUAUCCCUUCUCGAAUGGCUCUGCUCAGAGAAAGACACCUCUCUCGUUUGCUGGAACAGACACGGCCAGAGUAGAGAGCACCUCCAUCAUGCUGGAUGCGGUGUCGAAUGUAGACCCAAUACACGAAUGCUCAUACUUGCCUACCUACCUAGUACGCAAUACCUCCUACAUGCGUAAACAAGAU